AUGAGUGAUGGAACACGGUCGGCGACGACGACCCAGCAGGGACUCGAUGCCCAUCAGCAGGCCCGAGAUGUCGUCAAGUUGUUCCAGUGUGAGCACUGUUCAUAUCCGCUCCGUGAGCCUAUGACCUUGCCGUGUGGGAAUACACUAUGUCGCCCUUGCCUUCCGCCGCUCUACAAGCGAGAGAACAUCACGUACCCCGUGGUCGAGGGACGAUCAGAGGCCUUCUUAUGUCCUUUUGAGCCCUGUGGGUCGGAGCAUUCGGUCGGGGACUGCGCGACGGAUGUGACACUCAAUAAGAUAGGGGAUAUUGUGAAGACUUUCAUCUCCAGCUGCAAGUCAAAGACCCCGGAACUCUCGCUCCUGCUGGAAGAGAAGUUGAAUUGGCCACGAAUGGUGGAAAAUACGGUCGAAGUCAUGCCGCGGUCACGUGUACUGCACGGAGGACGUAUCGCGUCGACCUUUGCCAUGGCAGAUAUGGGCGAGUUGGACUUCCACUCCAGCGUAGCAUAUACGCCUAUCGAAAGAGGAGUCUCGGACGCCAUCCAAGCCGUCGAUGUGAAUGUCCUGGAGAAUCUGAAAGCGGCCAUACGGCCGGAACUCGAAUGUCAGGUCUGUUAUCAGGUCAUGCUGGAUCCAUCGACGACCUCAUGUGGGCACACAUUCUGUCGAAGGUGCCUUUCGCGGGCGAUGGACCACUCGAAUCACUGUCCGAUGUGCCGUCGUGUGCUGCCACUGGCGCACACACAGGAGACAGAGUCCAGCAACGGGAGGGUGACAGACCUCAUCCAGAAUCUAUUUCCCGAUUUAUUGACAGUACGAAAAGACCUUGCGGCACAAGAAGACAUGAUUGAUGAGGAGACGAAUUUACCGCUUUUCCCCUGCACGUUGGCAUAUCCUCGGAUGCCUACGUUCUUGCACAUUUUUGAGCCAAGAUACAGGUUAAUGAUUAGACGCGUGCUGGAGAAUGGCACGCGCAAGUUUGGCAUGUUAUCAUACAAAUCUCAGCGCGAAUAUCAACCAGGUGGCCCGCAUUGGCAGGAGUAUGGGACAGUCUUGUUCAUCGACCGUGUGGAAAUCUUGCCUGACGGUCGAAGCCUCCUGGAAACAAGGGGGUUAUACAAAUUUCGAGUUGUGGAAACAGCGGUGGUCGAUGGGUAUCUCACUGGGCGGGUACAGCGUGUGGAUGAUAUUAGCAUCCAUGAGGAAGAAGCAAUUGAAGCGCAGGAGACCAGUGUAGCUACGCCGCUGGAGGACGAUGAACUUGGUCGAAUCCAGCGAUUACCCACCCAACAACUUCUGGCAUACGGGCUCGAUUUCAUUCGACAGGCGCAAGGGAGGUCGGCGCGCUGGCUGCAUCAACGUGUGCUUGCCGCCUACGGCCAACCACCAGAGGAUGCGGCUACUUUCCCGUAUUGGCUCGCGAGUGUCCUCCCAAUCGCCGAGACCGAAAAGUACACGCUAUUGCCAGCCACGAGCGUGAGAGAACGGCUCAAGGUUACCGCCGAGUGGAUCCACCAACUCGAGCAAGCACGAUGGUAA